UCACUUACUUUCUCUGAGUGUCAGUGAGCUCAACGAACAAAGGGGACAGUGGCCAACCUGUCUGGCUGCAGAGACAAAGCUGGAUAAAGAACUAAUGAGCUCCAUCAGGCUUCUGAGGGCUUAGGACAAGCGCACUAGGAUGGACGCCGCAGCCGUCCAGCACACCAUGCUAUGCCUCAACAGUUUAGAAAAGGCAGAACUCAGUCUUCUGCUCUCCCAGUCUUUUAAGAUGGGGACGAGAGAGCCUUGCUUCACUCAAUAGUUCCCACUCCAGGUUCUACCACCCUUCCUUCUACAAGUUUGCUGGGUUCCAACCCGAACAAAAUCUAAGACAUAUCAUGCAGAUGAGGUAUGCUAACAGAAGACCCUCUCUUCCCAGGGCCAUCUGUCCCCACCACGAAAGCUAUGCCGUCUUCAGGGACCAUCUGCAGUCUGCUACUCCUCAGUGUUCUCUGGAUGGAUGUGGCCAUAGCAGGCUCCAGCUUCCUUAGCCCAGAGCAUCAGAAGGCCCAGCAAAGGAAAGAAUCAAAGAAGCCACCGGCGAAACUGCAGCCACGAUCUCUGGAAGGCUGGCUCCAGCCAGAGGGCAGACAGGCAGACGGGACAGAGGAGGAACUGGAGAUCAGGUUCAACGCUCCUUUCGACGUUGGCAUCAAGCUGUCAGGAGCUCAGUACCAACAGCAUGGCCGGGCCCUGGGGAAGUUUCUUCAGGACAUCCUCUGGGAAGAGGUCAAAGAAGCACCAGCUGACAAGUGACUGCUGACAAGACUCACCCCUGUGAUUUCCUCCUGAGCAAGAACUCACACCCAGCCUUACGCUCCUCUGCAACUCCUGGCACUCUCCUACUGCCUUAAGAAUAAAAGCUCAA